AUGGCGCCACUUGGACCGCCGGUGAUCCCGAUGGCCGGCGGCGCCGGAACGCCGGCGAGGCCCGUCGUAAUGGUCAUGCCUCCUGUAGUGACCGUGCCGCCAGGUGGCGUCAGAGCACCGUCGGCAGCCGUUAUGAGACCGGGCGUCCCAUUCGUGCAGAUGCCGGUGCAGGUUCCCGAACUAGAACCAAUCCCGGGAUGCCCCCCAGGACUCGAGUACCUGACGCGCAUCGACCAGAUACUCGUGCACCAGCAGCUCCAGCUUCUGGAAAUGCUGGUGCCGUACGAGCAACAGAACAAGUACGUCGUCAAGAACACCAUGGGCCAGUUCAUUUUCAUGGCGAACGAAGAGAGCGACCUGGCGAGCCGCUGCUGUCUGGGCAGCUGUCGUCCCUUCGAGAUGGCCCUGCUCGACUACCGCAGCGUCGAAGUGAUGCGCCUCUACCGGCCGCUUCGCUGCGACAGCUGCCUAUGCUUUUGCUGCCUGCAGGUGAUGGACGUUCACGCACCUCCGGGCACCAUCAUCGGCUCACUGCGGCAAGAGUGCACCGUCGUCUUCCCGCUGUUCUCGGUGCUGGACAGCAGGGGCAACGUGGUGCUCCAGAUCCAGGGGCCCUUCUGCACGACGGCCGCGCUGUGCAACGACAUCGUCUUCGACAUCACCACCAGGGACGGCAAGACGAAGAUCGGCCAGAUAACGAAGAACUGGUCGGGACUUCUUCGCGAGGCCUUCACCGACAUCGACAACUUCACGGUGGUCUUCCCCAUCGACCUGGACGUCCGGAUGAAGGCCGUGCUGCUCGGCGCGGCCUUCUUGAUUGAUUUCAUAUACUUUGAGACCGGCGCGAGUGGCCCCAUCGGUGGUACUGAUCUUCCCGGCAACGUCUUCAAUUAG